AUUUAUGCACAAAAGUCGAAAAACUACAGCCGUCUUUAUUUAUCGUUCCCGGUUAGUAAACAACAACAGCUAUGUGGACGUGUACUGUGUGGAAAAGACUGUGACAAAGCAAGUGAAGUAUGACGACAGUGAAAGAGUUAUUUGGGCCUUUCAGCGGCAGGAUAACUGGCAGUUUUACCGACAAGGUCAUUUCAUUAACGCGGCAUUAAUUUGCGGAAAGUGGUCCGCGCGCGCAAGACAAUGAAUGGACAAGAUACAACAACAACUGAGUGAAACGGAAGUGACAGCCAUGCUCUAAUUGAUCGAAUGCACAAGCGUGUGUUUAAAUAACGACUUAUUAUCCAGUAUUUAUUGAAUUUCCAACGCCAAAUGCAUACGUUUUCUUCACGGGUACCUAAAGUUGAGAAGUUAAACUAGACAAUUUUACUACGAUAUUUUUUUCAACAAUAGAAAAUUGAUUGAUUAGUUUAUUGCUCCAUGAUGCGACAUAGAAAUUAGAAUUUUUUUAAAGUCAGUUAUUGAAUUGAUAUUAAUUCUUGGAUUGAAUCUCAAAUCAUUGAUUGACCUGUUUGUCAGGCCUGGCUGUUUAAAACUGUUGAAUCAUCACACAGAGAACGAAUGAACUUGUCAAAGUAUUCCUCUUUGAAACAAAAGGCCUUGUUGAAGAAAGUUUGUGCAAUGUCAAUCACAACAACAUCAACAACAGCAGCAACAACACAUCCACCACUGUUUGCAUGUACCAAAUGCAACAGCCGUCAUCCAUUUGAAGAACUCUCACAAGGACAACAGCUGUGCAAGGAAUGCAGAGGUUCCUAUCCAGUGGUGAAAUGUACUUACUGCAGAGCUGAAUUCCAACAGGAAAACAAAAGCAGCACAAACACAAUCUGCAAGAAAUGCGCACAAAAUGUCAAGCUCUAUGGCACUCCAAAGCCAUGCGAAUACUGCAAUGUGAUUGCAGCAUUUAUCGGUAACAAAUGUCAACGCUGCGCAAACUCAGAGAAGAAGUACGGCCCUCCACACACGUGUGAGCAGUGCAAGCAGAAAUGUGGCUUCGACAGAAAAGAAGAAAGAAAAAAGGUUGAUGGGAAACUUCUUUGUUGGUUAUGCACGCUGUCCUAUAAAAGGGUCCUUCAGAAGGCUAAGAAGCGGAAGUAUGAGUUAGCGAGCAGCCAUCACCGAACCACUCAGCAAAGUAAAGACAACAACGAAGUGGACUCCAGUAAAUCAGACGAGAAGGUGGACAAAGUCGCUAAUAGCAGGUCUGCACCAGAGCCUAACAAGAAACUGGAACCUGAGUCUAACAAGAGGGUUAAGACUGACUACUCAAGUAACGGCAUCCUACCUUCAUCAUUGUCUAAGUCAGAUGUUGCUUUCGUUGACCCCGGGAACACCGAUCACAUGGUUGCCAUGACACAGCUUCGGGAGACCAUAGCCUCCCUGAAGAAACUAUUGACAGAAAAGGAGAAGGUCAUCUUGGAACGAGACAAGAAGAUAACGGAGCUGAGAGCCACACACAUGCAGAUUGAGAAGGAUCUACGGAAUAAACUGGGUGUUCUUCAGAGGCAGCACGGAGAAACCAUGGAAGAUGUCCAGGCCAAGAAUCGUGCUCUUGCCAAACAAGUCUCCAUGAUGUGCAAAACUAAGCCAGAGAAGACGGAAGUAAAGACUCAACCCUUGGUUUUAUGAUGGUUGGUCCGACUGCAAUCCAUGUAGUGUAUCAGGGUUUCGGCUGGUUCCAAUUCAGAUCUUCAUUGAGUUUACACAAUGACUGCUUUUGAGACGCGCUGGUACCCAUGACCACCCGGCAUC